AUGAUGAUGAAGAAGAAGUCAGAACGUAGGAAUCUCCCAGUAUGGGGGCAAAAAGAAGAGUUUCAACGAACAUUCAAGGAGAAUCAGAUGGUGAUGGUGACGGGUGAGACCGGUAGUGGUAAAACAACGCAGAUCCCACAGUUUGUUUUAGAAGCAAUGAUGGAUGAAAUCCCUAGGUCUGAUGAUCAGUUGUUGGUUGGGUGCACGCAGCCUCAUCGAGUUGCAGCCAUGUCCGCGGCACGUCGUGUCGCUGAAGAGAUGGAUGUAAAGAUCGGGGAAGAAGUCGGUUACACAGUCCGUUUUGAGGAUCGCAGUAGCCCCCGAACGGUGCUCAAGUACCUGACUGAUGUAAUGCUUCUGAGGGAAGCUAUGGUGGAUCCUCUCUUUUUGAGAUACAAAGUGAUUAUCGUUGACGAAGUUCAUGAUAGAAGUUUAGCCACAGAUUUACUUAUUAGUAGUAUUCUUAACCGCACCUUGAUUAGCCGACCUGAUCUUAAGCUUGUUGUUAUGAGUGCAACCCUACAGGUUUUUAACAAAAGGUAUUUUAGAGGUGCGCCUCUCAUCAAAAUCCCUUCUGGUAGGCUCCUCCAUCCAGUGGAGAUCUUGUACACUCGAGAACCUGUGAUGGACUAUCUCGAGUCUGCCAUAAGCAAAGUUAUCGAGAUUCACAUGUGUGAACCAACAGGUGACGUUCUUGUUUUCUUGACCGGGAAAGAAGAGAUUGAACAUGCUUGCAGCAGAAUUCUUUGCAACACAAGAUCUUCGAUCCUACACCACCACCACUUUCAGUGA